AUGGUUCUUUUCAUACCAUUCUGGUACAUCUCGCUAGGGUUUUCUCAGGUUUAAGCUUUCGCCACAUCACAUCGGAGCAUCCGCUGCUCCGCCCCCUAUCAGCUCCAGUCAUGGCGACCCAAAUGAGCAAAAAGAGAAAGUUCGUUGCAGAUGGAGUUUUCUUUGCGGAACUCAACGAGGUUCUUACGCGAGAGCUCGCUGAGGAUGGGUACUCGGGCGUUGAGGUUCGUGUAACUCCAAUGCGCACUGAGAUCAUCAUUCGAGCUACUAGAACACAGAACGUUCUUGGCGAGAAGGGGAGAAGAAUUAGGGAGUUGACAUCUGUUGUUCAGAAAAGGUUCAAGUUUCCUGAGAACAGUGUAGAACUCUAUGCUGAGAAGGUCAACAAUAGAGGCCUUUGUGCUAUCGCUCAGGCAGAGUCCCUACGAUACAAGCUACUUGGCGGUCUUGCUGUUCGAAGGGCUUGCUAUGGUGUCUUGCGCUUCAUCAUGGAAAGUGGUGCAAAGGGAUGUGAGGUCAUAGUGAGUGGGAAGCUCCGUGCACAACGUGCCAAAUCAAUGAAAUUCAAGGAUGGUUAUAUGAUCUCUUCUGGGCAGCCAGUUAAAGAAUACAUAGACUCAGCCGUAAGACAUGUUUUACUUAGACAGGGAGUUCUGGGGAUAAAGGUGAAGAUCAUGUUGGAUUGGGAUCCCAAGGGGAAGCAGGGCCCGACAACCCCAUUGCCGGAUCUCGUCACCAUCCACACCCCGAAAGAGGAAGAGGAGUUCAUCAAGCCUGUCGUGACCAGGGAAAUUGAGGUUGCUUAAUGAGUAGAGCUGUCUCUUGAGUCGAGUGUGAUUCAUGAUUGCAUAAUGCGACUCAGGAAUCAAGAUAGAUAUAAUUUUUUAGGAGGUUGAUUUUUGGUGCAUCGACUUUUAUUAGAUUUUCCUUCUUUUGAGUUCAAGCCAACGAUUUAUUCCAAAACACCAAAAUUUUGUCAAGGAUUAUUUAGUUUACACGUUUCUGGUCCCUUUUCUUUA